AUGGAACCAAACCAAACACUUAGUACAAAAGUAAUUGCAGGUUCUUAUAAAUUUAAACCACUUGUAAUUGGAAAGUCACUUAAUCCUCACUGCUUUAAAAAUUUCAACAAAUCAGUUCUUCCUGUUAUUUAUCAUACUAAUUCUAAAGCAUGGAUGUGUGCAGAUACAUUUGUUGAUUGGCUUAAUUAUAUUAACAAUUAUUUUCAUACAAUGAAUAGAAAAAUUAUGUUUUUUAUUAAUAAUGCAGGUUCUUAUUUUAAUGUAAAAAGAUUAGAAAAAGAAGAUUCUGAUAUUUCCAGUAAAGGUGAAUCUGAAGAUGAACAAGAAUCAAGACAGAAUAACAAUAAUAAAAGGACAAUUAAAAACAAUUCAAAAAGAAUAUCCAAGCUUUUCAAUAUUAAGCUUAUUUACCUUCUACCUAAUACAACAGCUCAUUUCUUUAAAGCAAAAUACAAUAAAGAAUUUUGUAAAAAGUUAAUUCAACAAUUUGACUCUGGAAUAGAUCAUAAAAAAAAUAAGUUAAAUAUUAAAGAUGCAAUUGAUUAUAUAGCUGAAGGGUGGAAUAAUGUUACUCAAAAUUCUAUUCAAAACUGUUGGAUUAAAACUGGCAUACUUUCAUUUCAGAAACAACUUCAAAAAAUGUAUUACUUUUUCUUAAGAAAAAAUAAAACUCUUACAGAAAAAGAUCUUAAUAAAAUUAAUCAAGAUGCAAUAACCACAAGAAAAGAUCAUAAUAUAAAUCCUUUUGAUGAUCUUAAUGGUCAAAGGAGAAUUACUGAUAUUUUAAAUUAUAUUAUUCCCAAAUAUGUUGAGCAAGGUAUUCUUAUUCCAAAUCAACCAACACUUAAAUUACAUAUUUCAGGAGAUAGAAAAAAUGUAAAAAGAAAAGUUAAACAUAUUAUAAUUAAGUAG